AUGAUGGACCUAGCCACGCUUGCGGAAGCAAUCACCAAAACCCUCUCUCCCGACCCUACCCAACGUACGGCUGCGGAGAAGUACCUAGGCGAGAACGCCAAAGUCCCCGGCUUCUCCAUGGCCCUUCUGCAGCUAAUCGCGUUGGAAACGGCCCCCCCGCACGUGCGCCAAGCGACUGCCGUGUACAUGAAGAACCACGCUAUCAAUGUCUACUCCGCGGAUUGGAAGGAUGCCCCUCCAGAUGACCGCAACGCCAUCAAGUCGGCCAUCGUCAAGAUCAUGCUGGCCGUCCCAGUCUCCGUCCGCAGGCAGCUCAGUGAAGUCCUUGCCAUCGUCGCGGAGCACGAGUACCCGCAAACAUGGCCCGACCUCGUCCCGGAGCUUGGCGCGAAGCUCACCACCAUCAUUCAGGCGGCCGCCAGCAUGCCGCCUGGGCAAGACGUCGUUGCUAAUGUCGAUUGGCUCUCGCUUGAGGGCGUGCUCGAGACGCUCUACGUCAUUUUCGAAAGAUAUCCGGAACGCACGAGGACCGAUGAGCUGUACACUGAGAUCAAUACGUCUUUGAGAUGUACGCAGCAACAGGUUCAGGCACUUUUAGUCCUCAUGAAUAAUUUUAUCGAGGCCGAUAUUGUUAACAAGAACCAGAAAUCUGUGUAUAGCGUAUUUGGCAAUUUGGAGUUGCUUUGCAAGGUGUUUUAUUGUUUGUCAUGGCAGCAGUUGCCAGAGUACUUCGAAGACCACAUGCAAAGUAUAAUGACCGAGCUCUUGAAGAUUUUGAAGUUUGAAAGCGCAAAAAUUGAUGCUUACUCGGAUGACGAAGCGAGCUGUAUUGAUAAGGUCCAUGCGGGUGUCCUUGAAAUUACAAAUCAUUUCGCAGUGCACUACGACGAGGAAUUCAGGCCCUACUUGCAAGAGUUUUUGAAUGUUGCAUGGGCUCUACUUGUGAAGCGAAGCAAUGCUCCGAAGUAUGACGGCGUCGUGACUUCUGGCAUCAAGUUUCUCACGGCUGUUUCCCGAAGUCCUGACUACAAACUCUUCCAGGACCAGGCAAUUCUUGGACAGAUUUGCACGAGUAUCGUCGUGCCAAACAUUGAACUACGGGAGGAGGAUGAGGAAUUGUUCGAAGACAAUCCCGUGGAAUACGUGCGGCGGGAUAUGGAAGGCUCCGACACAGAAACCAGGAGACGCGGUGCUGUGGAGCUUGUCAAGGGCUUGUGCAAGCAUUUUGAGCCGCAGGUGACAGAAAUCUUUACGUCUUUCGUCAAGGAAAUGUUGGCUCCGCAGUCAGACUGGCGAAAGAAAGACACUGCCCUUUACGUUGUCACGGCUUUGGGAUGGAAGCGUGGGACGGCGGCAGGCGGGGCUACCGAAACGUCUUCACUGAUUGAUGUGGUUGACUUCUUUGCAAAAUUUGUCAACCCGGAGCUGGAAAAAUGUGGCCAGAACCCCUUAGCUUUGCAAACGCCCAUCUUUGCCGCUGAUCUCAUCAAAUUUGUUAUUUCGUUCCGGAAUCAGAUUCCGAAAGCUGAUUGCGGGAAUGUUAUCCUCAUUUGUGUGAAACUGCUCUCCGCGAAAGAGCCUGUGGUGCGGACUUAUGCUGCUGCGUGCAUCGAACGAAUUUUGACGACACGCGACACGGUUCUGCAGUCUAAUGGGAAUAUUGCCGGCCAUACUGCCCUAACUGCAAGUGCCCAGAGAAUGACAAAAGAGGAUCUGGCACCGCUUCUACCGUCACUGCUACCGGCUAUCAUCAAUUCUUUACGUAACAAUACGAUAGCGAAUGAGUACAUGAUGCGUCUCGUUCUGAGACUCUCAUCUGUGGCUCGAGAGGCUAUGGCCCCAUUCUUAGACACCCUGUUCUCAACGUUGGUGGAGAUUGUGGCUGCUGUCACUGCGAAUCCAUCGAAUCCGCUUUUCAACCAUUACCUGUUUGAGGCCAUUGCAGCCCUGGUCCGAUUUAAUGGCAACGAGAACACCGUCGUCAAGUUUGAAGCCGCCUUGAUUUCGCCGUUGAGUAAGAUUCUGCAAGACGACGUCACCGAGUUUGGACCUUAUGUGUUCCAGGUGAUGGCACAGCUGAUGUCGUUGCACAAAGGGGCGCUACCGGCGACCUACGCAGGAUUCAUGGCUCCUAUGUUAACCCCGUCGAUGUGGGAUAGACGAGGUUAUGUGCCAGGGAUGGUGCAAUACAUCGAUGUUUUCAUUCGAAAGAACAGUGUCGCAGUUGUAUCUGCGAACCAAAUACAACCGAUCUUGGGGGUAUUCCAAAAGUUGCUCGCCUCCAAAUCCACUGACCACUUGGGCUUGCAAAUACUGGACUCGGUGUUCUUGACAUUUGACGCUAAGACCAUUAAUUCCUACUUGGUUACCAUUGUCCGGGUUCUGCUGGAGCGAGUGCAAAGGGCCAAAACCGCGAAACUAUGCCAGAAAUUGAUAUGCUCACUUUCUAUCUUCGUGCUUCGAUACGGCGUGCGAGUAGUGAAGGUAACGUUUGAUAGCUUGCAAGAAAACAUGCUGGCAAUGUUCAUCCGCCAAGUUUGGAUUCCAGAAGUCAUUGCCAUUCGGAAGCCAGUGCAGCGUCGCCUCUGUUCUGUUGCUUUGAGCGAGCUGGCUUGCGGUGCCGAUGAUCUGUGUUUGAAUGUCCCGUACUUAGAGUUGUGGCCACAGAUGCUGAAUACUAAUGUGGCGCUCACGGAAGGUAUCGUGGUGGAUAAAGAGGAGGAGCCAGGGGAUAAAGAAGAGGAACAAGCGGUCCAUCUCGGUGGUGGAGAGUCGUACGCAGCGUCGCAUUCGCAGUUAAAAUGGGCUGUGCCUAACAUCCCCUCUCUUGGUUCUUUAAUCGGUCAGCAGGAUCCGAAGAAAAUCCUCGCUGACAAGAUCAGGGAAUUAUCUAAUCGACACCCAGGCAAAUUUGAACCCAUCAUGCAAGAAAAGGUCGAAAAGCAUGCGCGCGAAGCUAUCAUGGGUUACGUUGGCCAAAUUUCUUAA